UGGAAAAUUAAAAGAAAAAAGCAAAAAACUUUCAGGACAAAAACAUCUCUGCUUUUUGGUUCUCGAAUAUUUAACUUUCUCUCUGUCUUUGCAAUUUCGCAGCUCUUCCUUCUUCCCUCUCCCUUUCUCUCUCUCGCUCUGUCGUUGGAGCUCGAGAUUGGAAGUUGAAACCCCCUAAUUUUGUUGGGAGUGAAAGGGAGGGUUGUUGUUGAAAUGGGAAAAGGUUCAAAGAUCAAUUGCAAGUCAGCAUCCCACAAGCUAUUCAAGGACAAGGCCAAGAAUCGUGUGGAUGAUCUGCAAGGAAUGUUCAUGGAUCUGCAGUUUGCUAGGAAAGAGAGCCGCACUGUUGAUGUGGCUGUCCUUGAAGAGCAAGUUCACCAGAUGCUUCGUGAAUGGAAAGCAGAGCUCAACGAGCCGUCUCCAGCUUCUUCUCUGCAACAAGGUGGAACUCUUGGGUCGUUCUCAUCAGAUAUAUACAGGUUGUUGCAACUCUGUGAGGAGCAAGAUGAUGCCACUAGUGCAUUAGCUGCACCGAAGCCCGAGCCUAAUGAUCAGAGCCUGCAGAUAAGGGAUAUUGUGGUCUUUCAGGAGGGAUAUGGUGUGAAUCAGGGACAACAGGGCUGCAACUUCCCAUUUGUUGAUCAAGGCAAAAACCCUUCUUCAGGAGUUCAUGGGAUGAUGGCUAGCACCAUAGAAGGAGCUGGUCAGUUGGAUUACCAUCAGUAUGAUUUGUCUCAAAAUUUGGAGUUGAACUUCUAUGCUGGUCAUAAUAGCACAGAUUUGUGUGUGGAGGAUGGUGUGCCUCAUAUUUCUGGCUAUCUGUCAAGUAUAUGUCCACCAUCUGCUUUCCUGGGCCCAAAAUGUGCACUUUGGGAUUGUCCAAGGCCUGCUCAAGGAGGGUUGGACUUGUGUCAGAACUAUUGCAGCAGCUUUCACCAUGCUCUAGCAUUAAAUGAAGGCCCACCUGGGACAGGUCCUGUUCUUCGCCCUGGGGGCAUUGGCCUAAAGGAUGGUCUGCUCUUUGCUGCUCUAAGUGCAAAGGCACAAGGAAAAGAUGUUGGUAUUCCAGAAUGUGAGGGAGCUGCAACUGCAAAAUCUCCAUGGAAUGCACCUGAGCUCUUUGAUCUUUCAGUUCUUGAGGGUGAAACAAUUAGGGAAUGGAUCUUUUUUGAUAAGCCACGCAGAGCAUUUGAGAGUGGGAAUAGAAAGCAAAGGUCAUUGCCAGAUUACAGUGGGCGUGGUUGGCAUGAAUCAAGGAAGCAGGUGAUGAAUGAAUUUGGAGGGCUGAAAAGAUCUUAUUAUAUGGAUCCACAACCACUGAACACUUUUGAGUGGCAUCUUUAUGAAUAUGAGAUCAACAAGUGUGAUGCUUGUGCAUUGUAUAGAUUGGAACUGAAAGCUGUUGAUGGAAAGAAAUGUGCCAAGGGUAAAAUAACAACUGAAUCAGUUGUUGAUCUGCAGAAGCAAAUGGUUAGACUUACUGCCGAGUUUCCCACUGAUAACAAGCGGUGUGUUAAAGGAAGAACCAAGGUAAAUGCUAAAGUUAGUGUUGGAAGCGUUUAUGCAGCUCCAGAUGGAGGGGCUCCAACAAAUGAAACAUUUGAUUAUGAGCCAUGCAAUUAUCUUGUUGAGAAUCUAGGUGACUAUUAUGUGAAUUAAUUGAAGAACCUUUGAUUCCUGAGGAAUGAGCUGUCUAGUUACCGUAGCUGAGGCAUUAUCUUAUUAUUGGCGGGUUGGUCUUCAGUUUUUUCAUUGUUAAUAACGUGGAUUGAAGCCUUUUUUUGGGCUGUGAACUGUGCAUAGUUCGAUUUCACACUCGAAUGCUGUCUUCAUUACUACUGUUGUAGAUGCUGGGCAUAUUCUAACCCAAAGAUGGAGAAAAAAUGGCUGUUUUUCAUCAGUCCAUUUUCUUUUAACUGAUAUGAUAGGUGAACACGGGAAAUCAAUUCAUGUUACCAGCUGCAAAUCAAAGCAAAAUUAUCUCACCGACAUUUUUGGGGUUGAGGCUUUAUACUAAUUUUCUGCUAUGUUUCUCAUGGGAGAUGCAAUCUUGAUAUGUAAAACUUCCUUCAGUAUAUAAUAUCAUCUAUUUAGAUUGUAUAC